AUGGCUGGCUGUACCAGACGCUGCAGGCAGGGGGUGCUCAAGUUAAUCCAGUCCCUGCAGAGAUUGGUCUCAGGCACCCUUGUAAAAGAUAGCAUCGAUGAUGAGCUGGAGAUGACGAUGGUGUCUCACAGACCAGAGGGUCUCGAGCAACUGGAGGCCCAGACCAACUUCUCCAAACAGGAGCUGCAGAUCCUCUAUCGUGGAUUCAAGAAUGAAUGUCCGAGCGGAAUGGUGAAUGAGGAGACAUUUAAACACAUUUAUGCACAGUUCUUCCCUCAUGGAGACGCAAGCAUGUAUGCACAUUAUCUUUUUAAUGCAUUCGACACUACAAACAAUGGAUCCAUUAAAUUUAAGGACUUUGUCAUGGGCUUGUCUACACUGCUGCGGGGGACUCUGAGGGAAAAGCUGGAGUGGACGUUUCACCUGUAUGACAUUAACAAUGAUGGAUACAUAAACAGAGAGGAGAUGACUGAGAUUGUGAGGGCCAUUUAUAACAUGAUGGGAAAGUACACCUACCCUGCACUGAAAGGGGAUGUCCCACAGCAGCACGUGGACGCCUUCUUUCAGAAAAUGGACAAAAACAAAGAUGGAGUGGUGACUUUAGAGGAGUUUGUUAUAGCCUGUCAGGAGGAUGAGACCAUGAUGAGAUCCAUGCAGCUGUUUGAGAACGUGAUGUAG